UGUUUUAUUUUUGAACUCAAGUCAGUAGCCAAUCAUGAGCCAGAAAACGGACGUGUUUUUUGUUGAGCAACAGCGGCAACUGUUGGUAGUUCGUUCUUUAUUUUAUGACAGUCCCACCGAUGCCCGCCGUCCCGCGGUUGCCGCUUCACUCGACCGACUUCACCAACUUCACUCCGUUGACUCGCCUCGCUCCAUUGACUUGAGUCUGUGCUUGGCAGUCAAGAGGUAGUGCAAAUUGGUUUUGGGUAUUCUGUGGUUGUGCGCGACGAACAAUCGCAUAGGUGUUGUCUGCCAUCACGUUUUGUGCUGUGGUAACGGCGUGGACGUUGGCAAACAUGACAAGUUCGACUCAGCGACACAUCAAACCAUCCUUGGACGACUUACCUAAACGCUUUGUGGUGGCCAUGAAGACCUUAUUCGAUAUUAUGGACGAUCAGAAGGCUGGUCACAUCAAUCUCAAGGAUAUAGAGGCACGGUGGGCAAGUGGUCGCGACGACAGUGCAUCUUCGGUUGUUCCUAACGGCGUAAUCGAGUCCCUGCAGAAGGUCACUCCGCCGAAUGGUCAGCUGACGUUCGAGCGCUUUUGUGCUGGGCUAAAAAUCUGCUUGCUCCGUCAUCGGGUGUCGAACCACCGCCAGCCUGUCCAGCAGGGCGUUCUGCAAAGACAUCGCAGCGUCAUGCCGCCCGCACCGCCGCAGCCUCUAGGUCAGGUCGCCGAACCUAGAGGACGGCCUUCGUCCGUGCCGCUCCCUGACCGUGUCGAAAGGUCAAACGGGCAAGGAAAUGGCCUUUCAAAGCCUUCGGCCAAGGUUUACGGUGGCUCGGACCGGUCCCUUAAUAGGUUGUCGGCAGUUCGGCCGCCUUCGAACACGGCGACGGUACGGCCCAAUGUUGUGGCCACGCAGCAGAGAUCCGUAAGUGUGCCGCACCUCCAAAACACGACGGGCGCCGAGCAGCCCAGGAUGUCUAGCGAUCCGCGUCGGGCCCCCACGAAUGUUCGGGAGUUGCCGAGCAAGCUAAGGGGUUAUCGCAGUGACAACAGGCUGCACCAUGGACCCCAGCAAGCUUCGGCGGAGCCAUCGGGGAUAUUGAGAUUCAGCCGGGUGCGCAGCAAAACUCCCGAUCCGAGUUCGGAGCUGGCGAAGAGUCAGCCACCGCAGGCCCACAGGCGCAAUCCGGAUGCACAAAAAGAGAACAAAAACCCUGAGCAGGGCACUGACGACAACGCGAGCUCAAGCAAAACGAAAAGUGUUCUGCCAGCUGCACCAGCUCACCCAGCAGCACCAGAGCGCAAGUUUCCGAAGAAGAAAGAACCGCGUAGGCACACACUGGGUCAUGGCAUAGAGUAUAACAUGCUGCGGCGUAUGAAGCAACUAGAGCAUGAAAAGGAUGCACUCCAGCAAGGUCUUCACGCCAUAGAGCGAGCUAGAGAGUGGUACCAGCAGCGCAUCAGUGCUGUUCAGGAAAAAAUGCAGCAAGCUGGAAAGUGCCAUGCAACACCAGAGUAUUCCAUGGAUGCCCAAGAUGAAAGACUGAGAUUCCAACUGGCAAGAAUCUUGGAUGCUAACCAACACCUUAAUGCAUUGAUUGACAGUUCAGACAAGGGCUUCCCAACGCACAUGAACUUGGCUGUCCAGCCACCACCCUAUGAUGUUCAUCAAAACUCCAUAGUUCAGCGGCUGAAAGAGCAAAACCAUCUCUUAACUGAGGAAGUGAGCCAAAAAAGUGAGGUGAUUGCACAGCUGGAAAGAGAGAAAGCAACGCUGAUACGGGAGCUGUUCCAGGCUCGAUCGCAGCACAGGGCUGUUGUUGAUGAGACGACCCUCAUGUGAAUGUACAUCUUUCGCGUUACCUGCUUUCUUCGAAAGGCUGUCUGCAGUGACUGUCUCUCUUGCGAAAGGGCAGAGAGGCGUAAACAAUUGCGUGGGACCUACUGUGCGGUAGCCCUGCACAUGCCGGCAAGAGGGUGACAGCAAGGAUUUCAUUACAAAUGGACAGAUCUUUGCUCUUGUCACUGAAGUUAUGCUGGACAUCGCUCUACCUGGACGCGGGUUUGCUUUGCACUCGGUUAUACUGGAACUGGUCGGAUAGCAGUGGAGAGCAUUAACUUUUAGAGCAGCCAGCCGUUAAAGGGCCCCUGAAACGGUUCGGACAAAUUUUGUAGGCGCGUAGGGUACAGCUUAAGUAGAACAUUCGCACCACAAUUUAAGUGAAUCGUUACGUAUUAAUGGCGCUACAAGCGAUUACAAGUUACCCUCCUCCCUAGCCAUGCUUUUCCUCCUCAACUCGUGUCAAAGAUUGAUGGUGAGGUAAUCGCACUCUCCGAACCGGAGGGGAUGGGGCGACAACAAACCCACCCCGCGUCCGUUUAUUGAGGGUUCGACUGCUGACCGGCGAUAAGGUCCACGCCUGAUCGACUGUGAACCAGAGGCAUGAGACGGGAGGCGACGUACAACACAACUCAUUCAAUUUAAUAAAAUAACAUCAUGCGCGAGACAUAAUCAAAGGAAAAGAACAUACAACUACAGGUAGUGGGUCCUAGCUCACGGAAGGCUUGCGGGUCACACAACGCACGCCCUGACGCCACUCGCGCGACACUAAGCCCACCACGUGGGAAAUCCUACACUCGCGAAAUAACAAACAAAAUACGCGACACAAGCACGAAAUAUACGCGACAAUAAAUACGGCAAGCACUACACUAACAGAACAUGAAAGAAUUAACUCGCGAUGGAUAAAUAAAUGAAAGAUUAAACACGAUUUAAAAAAUACAGUCCGGUGGAAAGUUCUGAGAGCGGGCUGGAACACGAGGCUUAACUGUGGCGUGCUUGCCGAGAUCCCGGUCUGAAGAGCGUCGGGCUGCUGCUACCCCCGCUGCCGAAGAUCCUGACGGACUUGCACCGUCUGUCGGUCGAACGGCGAAGACUUCAGCCUGGAGGUUUCAGCCUGCCGACCACAUCUUCAGCUGUCUCCCGGUGCACGACCACGCUGCUUCGUCUUCCAAACUACUCUGCCGCUCCCCGGGCUGCCUCGUCCCUCCGUCGCGCUCAGGCGACCCACGUGAGCAAACGGUCGGGCGAGACGGGAACAAUGGGGACCGCUCUCCCCCCAUCGCCGUGCAAGCGGCGCUGUAGCUGGGGCGGCACUGGCGGCCAUCCCGAGAGGGACGCGGGCAUGCACUCUGUGACAACUCGUUCGCCGAGCGAAUGGGGCUAAGCUCCGCCUUCACUGGUUCCACGUCACGAUGCGACGUCACAUCGUCCACUUCCGGUUGUUUUGGAGCCCGCCCCCGCCCGCGUGAAACCUCUCCGCUAGCCACUUGGCCGUCGACCACAAGCGAGAGCUAUCGAAACAGCGUGCGUUGCGAGCAUUCUGUCGCAACGCCGAGCGUGUCUGGUAUUCCGUUAACUGCACACUAGCGGAACGUUUCGACCGAACGGUGGAAGCAUACACUCAAGCUGAUGAAGGAACUUUAGCGUAGACAUACGUGAGCUGCCUGAUCGGUCUACAUGGUCCAGCCACCCGUAGGUGCAGAGCUUAACCAGCCAAAGAAAGAGCUAAUAUUUCUCUAACCAAGUGUAAAACAUUUUAAACAUUUACAAAAACAACGUGUUAACGAUUACAUUCCUGCGAAAAAUUUACACCGGCAGCAAAGAAGAAUACAUUUUGUUACUGCUACUGUGUCUGGUUGAGCUCUAUGCCACCAGGUGGCUGCACCGUGCAGACCAUUCACAUUUGCGCUUCUGUUCAUCCCCUGAAACGACACGCAAGGGGACACGGCCAGGCCCUGCCCCUUGCGCUUGCGUUUACCCUAAUACCGGACUCGCGAAACGCUAUUGCGUUAGUAAUCUUCCGGUGUAAAGUGACGGCCGCAAUCGCGCAAAUCCUGGCGCCGAUCGGAUAGCGGCAGUCCGAUGCGCUCCAGCCAGUCCGCUCAUCUAUGUCGCAGCUUGACAUAUUGCCAGUCGCUACAUUUGCAGUCCACAACGCAACAAAGUCGAAUCAUAGUGCUCGCGAAAAGACAGAUCGACACUGACGGUGGAGCUCUCGUCAAAGACGGAGCAUGUUGUAACACAAGCAGACGACACUUGCUGUGUGCCGGAAGUGCUUAAGUGUACUGAAAUAUUGUUCUUGUGCAUUCUCUUUAUGUUACUUUAUCUUUAUAAAAACAAAUUAACUAACAUUCCAACUAUUACGAACAUCAUUUCUUUACAACAAUGUUGGAAAAAUUAUCGAUCACGCGCCCUGGUCAGCCAAUCGGAUAGCUCGCCCCACUGACGUCAUAUGGGUGAUUUCCGUCAUAUGGGUAGGGGUGGCUUAAAAUUCCACCGAGCAGUGUGCUGCGAUCGGCAGUGAUGUGCAUUUUUAAAACCUUAUAAUAAAUUACACGCUUUACGCGGAGCACUUAGAUAUGUCAAUUAAUGAUCAGAAGGACCUACUCUAACGACUUAGUAUGUUUGUAGAAAAUCGUUUCGGGGUCCCUUUAAGCCGCUGCCAUCGGGAUCAUAUCUUUGCAGGCAGCAUACACAGUGCAAUCUCACCUUACUUUGCCCUGAACCUCAGCUAUAUUUAUUUAUCCCUGUGUAACAGAGGUGCUUGCAACCUCUACUUGGCACGUUGAGGCCACCACUGGCACCACUGUUGCUUUUCAGGUUACAGUGUGUUGGGUUGCCAGAUAUGACAACAAAAUAUAUCGCUGGGCAUGCCAACAUUACUGCAGAGUAAGACUGUUUUGUACCACCAGAGCAAAAGUUGUUCCAGCUCCCAUGAUGUUGACACCACUGUGCUAAAGCACUGACGUUUUGCUCACGCUGUGUGAACACUCACCGCACCAGUUGUGAUUUCCUCCUGGUGUGAGCACACUGUAAGGGGACCUGCUGUUUUCCUUGGCCUCUUAUCAUUUGUUGAAAAUGCUCAGUCCAGCUUGAUGCGGCAUGUGCAAUACCUGUAUACCCGACCAGUCAUGAAAGGCCAUACUGCACUACUUUAUUUUUGUUUGCUGGUGCACAAGUAAAAGUGCUCCAUUCCCUCCUUUAUAGAUGGCUGAAAGUGACUGACAUUCCACAUGAUCCAUUUGUGUGCUGCUUUAUACAAAGAAAUAUUCUGAUGAACCAAAGUGAGGGAGAGGUCAAACAGCAGUGCUGCAGCAACCCCUUUAAAGGAAAACUAAUAAGAAUACUUGAAGGAGGAUCACUAAUAUGAAACUUCAUUGAGUUGCUUUUUCUGCUGCAGUGAGUUACCGUUUAGCAAUUAAUUGCAUUAUAGAACCUUGUUUACUUCAGCACUAAGAAUGAUCAAUUAUGGCCUCCUUUACUAUAACCAUUCUGUGUUUCAAUUUAAAAACAAAGGCGAUGCAACAAAUGCCACAGAUGUUUAUAGACUGCCUGGUAAGCACAGUGAGGUUUUAAAAUGACAUAAUAAAACACUUACAAGCAUGGUACCCAUCCACACUGUGCUGUGGAAAGCAUGAAAAGGAAGCCAUAAAUAAGCUUGUCAAGAAGCUUAAAGGGACUGUCCAUUGUUUUUCAAGGACUUGCUACUUUGUAGUGCAAUGGGGAGCUUGCGUACUGUUUGAAAUGUCUAAAAGUACAAUAGUUUCCCUGAAAAGCAAGUAGAAAUUUUCAAAACAGAUUUUUUCUAUUUGCAUAGUCUCCUUCAAACUGCGUAAGUACACCCAGAGAACUGAAUACUGAUCCCAGUGGAAUAGCCAUACCGGUAAAAGUGAGGAACUGGAACCGUAUCGAGUUUCCACAGGAAUUAUUACUUUGUGUUAAACACUAAAAUGUGACCUUAAAGGAACCCUGAAAUAAUUUUUAUCAAAGUCAAGAAAUGCAUUGGAAGUUUAACUAGACUAUUUCAGAAAUAAUUCGCAGCGAAAAGUACUUUAAUGCUAGAGCUGAAAUUCUGGAUAGUUGGCUAUUCGUGAUCCUCAAAUAACAGCAUGUAAAAAACAAGCGACGAACAUUGAAGAGACAUAAAACUUCAAUGCAUUCAGCAAAAGCAGAGUUUUUGGCAAUCAAAGAUUGCCUGUGAUCACCUUCGUGGAGCUCCCACUGCGUCAAUGCCUUGCACUGUGAAGGCUAUGGCGGAGUAGGGUGUGCCCACAACACUCCGCCUACUGAACGUCACCGUGGCACGCAGCUCAAAUUUGAUUUUGGAUGUUCACGUAGAAGCCACUACUUCAGAUAUUGGUGCCUAUGACACACCAAACCCAGUUGUCCUCGGCAAGCAGGCUCGUCAUAGCUGCAUGCAACUGUAGUGUGGGUGGUGGUGGUGGAAACUUAUUUAUUUGCAGUGAAAUUGCUGCGGGGAGACUCCGAGUGGUCGGAGGUACUUGGCUUCCCAUGGGUGGGGCCCUCAGUCCAGAGCUUCGCUUGUGGCUGCUGCUCUGUGAGCCCGGUCAACCAGACUCAGCUGAUCUUCCAGGCUCUCGCUGGCCAGCAGCUCCUCCCAUCGCUCCGCUGUAGGGUGUUGUAUGGGGGGUACAGCAGUGAUUGCCUAACAUGCCUACGUGAUAUGGUAUAGGGUGGCUUUAGCUGAACACCAUGGGCAGCGAGGAGGGUAUGCCAUAGGAUGUAUUUUAUUGAGGACGUGCAAAUUGGGGUAUGUGCCAGGUUGGAUUUGCCUCCAACUGACCGAUUCAUCUUUAAUUAGUGUUCAGUGGGGUGGGGAAUAGGUUCGCCUAAGUCCUCUAUAGUGGUUUAAAAUGGCUGAGUAGUCGCACGCGACGGGAACGGGUUCCUCAGGGGCAGAGUUGGAGGGUGCUCGGUUCAUAUACCCUAGAGCUACCCUAUCUGCUGCUUGGUUUCCCUCCAGCCCCAUGUGUCCCGGGGUCCAUAUGAUCCGAUUCUGAAUUGGGGGUGUGUGUGUAUUAGGACGCUCGCCGGUGUCUGUUGCGCUCAGGAUGAUACUGUGGGCAGGUUGGCUGAUGCGCCCUUGUAGGUAGUUGUGGCAAGCCGCCUGGGAGUCCGUCAGAACUGUGAGCGAUCGUCUAUGCCUGUAGCCGUGGGCAAGAGCAAGUGCAAUGGCUGUUUCUUUGGUCUCGGUAAUGUUGUGGCAGUGUAUGGAGGCGCUGGUAAGUUCUCGGAGUGUGUUGUCCAGAACUGUGGUUACUGCCUUGGAGUUCAUGAGGUCGUAGUUGGCGGCGUCAACAUAAUAUGUGGUGUUCUUGUGCUCGUACUGUAGUUCGAGGGCUUCCACUCUUCCUUCUUGCCGGCCGUGAUGUAAUCGGGGGGGUCCAUAUUGGGGGCAUGGGGGCAACUUUAUAGGUGGCGCGAAGGAGGCCUGGAAUGGCCUCGCGGCGAGCUGCUUCGUGGAGCUCACCGGUAUAGCCAAGGUGUCGAAGCAGGGCACGGCCCAUUGGUGUUUGCGCAAGUCGCUGAAGUUGCAUGGCGAGUUGCACUUCGCAGAGUUCUGCAUAUGUGUUGUGCAGACCCAACGCGACAAGCUUGCUCGUAGGGGUGCCCGGGGGCAGCUUGAGUGCCGCCUUAUAGGCCUUCCGGAGCAUGGCAACAACUUGGUCCUGCUCACCUUUGGUAAGUCAUUGAUAGGGUAAACUGUAUGUCACUCUACUAACCACGAGGCUGCUUAUAAGUUUCAGGGUGUCCUCCUCGCGCAUACCGUGGCAACGAGUGGCGACCCUGGAUAUCAUUCGGGCCGCCUGCAGGGUGGUAGUGCGGAGGAGGGUAAGGGUGUGGUUUACAUGGUGAUUUGACUGGAUGCACAUUCCCAAUAUACGGAUGAUGGUUUUCUCGGGGAGUUGUUGGCCAGCGAUAACAACACGGAGGCAAUAGCCUGGGUCCUUCUGCGCAGAUUGGGGGGGCUUGUGUUGCCAGAUUCGUAGGAACUCAGACUUCUCGGUUGCACAGGCAAGGCCACGUGCCUGUACGUAUUGUUCGACGCAGGUGGCUGCUUGCUGCAGAUUAUGUUCUUUUUCUCCAAGGGACCCUCGUGUGGCCCAGAUGGUGAUAUCAUCCGCGUACAUUGCGUGAUGGAUGGCAUCGAUGCACUGGAGUUCAUGCGCAAGACCAGCCAUGGCUACGUCGUUGAACAGUAGCGGGGAGAUCACGGAGCCCUGUGGGGUGCCCUUGUUCAGAACCUUGAUGAUGUUUGAUCGGAUUGGGCUGAGAGAGACUGUGGCGGUGCAAUCUGACAGGAAUGUCUGAAGAUAAUUAGGUGCAUCUUCACCUCUGCGUGCUUCCACUCAGGGGGAGCGUGCCGCAUUGCCAAUGGUUAUUUAGGAACUCCGUGAGUUCUCGUACGGUUCCUGAUAAGAGAGUACGUGAUUCUGACAGUCCCAGCUGCUGUGUUGCGAGUGCUGCUGCGAAUGGCAGCAUAGACUUCGUCCACCGUUAUUGGUCGGUCGACAGUGUUGUUUGGGACACUUUGAUACAUCACUCGAGAGGGAGGCGGAUGAUAAUCGCCAAAGCACUUGCACUGGAAUUGGGCAAGCAGCUCGUCAUCUGUGCCCUCAAAGACGUGUAUGAGGCAUGUGAUUGAUUUUUUGGUUUCAUUUCUUUCUGCACAGCAUUUGCUUUGUGCACGACAGGGCUGGAGUGCGCGCUCGCACUCAAGUGCUCCAGUCUGGCCAUGCUACGUAGCACGGACCGGCUUUGUCUUGCAACAGCUUGACCGACGGAUAGCAGAGACAUCCAACUUGCGCAUUUUGAAGUGCUGUCAUUAGCCCAAUGCGAAGCAACGUCUGCCAAGCCGUCUAGCCAGGAACAGUCAGGAGUGAGCAGAUGCUUUUUGAGCGUACAUAUUGUCUGACUUUAACGUGGUUCAAGGCUAGUUGAGUGUUCAAAUCUAAUCAAAAUUAGCGAGGCCCAAUGGCUACCACAUCGAUAAGCAGGGUGGCCAAAGUUUAAUUCCUGCGCAGGUGGCCACGGCCGAGCGCAAGCAGACUAUAGUCUAUAGAAUGCCUGCUUGGGGGUGUGGCCACACUGGCAUACCAAAGCACACAGCUUUUUCAACAUCCUGAACACGACAGCGACCCUCGCACCACGCCCACAACGUGAUAUGCAUUGAGCAUGUCGCGAUGUCCAGAGGGCACACUUGAGGACCCAAUGAUGUACCAGUUUUCAACAUUCUCUAACUGGAAAUCUGAAAGGAAUUACUGUACGAUGCAAAAAAAGAUCAUGGAGGCACGUGAAAUACAAUCUUAAGCAAUGCAUAAAUGUAUCUAAACAAAAUAGCUCUCCUUACAUGGGUUUUAGGCUACAAUAUGGUACACAGUUUCGUUUAGACUGUUUCACUGUCAAGCGAUGCCACAGGUAAUUUUGCACAACUUUCAGAGUCCGAUCAAGCAUAUCAUCCUUGUUUAUGUAAUAAUAACAUGCUCGUUUCCGUCAAUACGACACAAAGUCUUCUCAUUCUUACCAUAAUACAAAGACAUGUUCCGAGCGGUGGGCAGUCCCUUUAAACAUGUGAAGCCAUCUCCCGUGCCAUCACAACAUUUCCCACAUCGCACCUCAGUCAAGUUCCUUCUCAUUCAGUUUGUGUUAGCAAUGGUUACCAGGAGCCACCAUGAAAGAGAUCAUAGUGUGCAGCAAGAGUGCAGAUUCAGCUAAAGGACGGCUCUUUGGCCCGAAUGGGUUGGAGGGGUAAAACUAGUUUCGAGGUGAGGGUCAUGCCAACUAACAUUCCAUCACCCUUCCUGCAUGUUCAACCAGCCAAAUACUUAGCUAGGCCACACGAGCGCUGAUUUUUCUGUAAGCCAGCGUGUUAUGAUGGAGAGAAUUUGCGAGAUGGUUGAUAACGAUGCAGGUGCUGUUGCACAUAGUGGACACAGUACCCCAGCUUCCUACAAUUUGUAUCUGUUACUGUAAAUCUGUUCUCCAGAGAGUGUCACCACUGCUAGUAUUUUUGGCACUCCUGCUCACUCAAGCAAUCUCUGCUUCUUGGCAGCCUGGAACAUUGCAUUAUGAUCUAUGUUUCCGGUGUCUCUGUUGCUUCAUUCUAUGAACAGACCGCAGUUCCGUGUUUAUGAGAAACUCAAAAGGUCUAAGUAAUCUCAGCUAAAUGAGCUGCUUCAAAUGACAGUGUCUCAAAUUGUUACCAAUUCUGAUUUUUUUAGUCGCUGUGCUAGCCAGUGGUGCACUCGCAAGUGAUGAAGUGUCCUGCUGGUCUGCAUGGUUGUACAACUGCUGCAUUGUGUGCAAGUACAGUCGGUAGUCAGUAGAAGGUAGCUAGUUGAUGCUUCAGCUGUUUCUUCCCUCUGCUGUGCUUGGUAUGCAGAUAUGCAUGUUACAUGCCCAGUGUAAUGCCAGCAAUGUGUUAUCGUCAUGAUAUUGUUCAUUAUGCAUAUCAUAUAGACUAUUUUGAAGUUUACUUAAAUGAGGCGGACGCACAGGCAAAAAUGUAUUAAACUAUCACUUGCCUGCUUCCUACUCUGUGAUCAAGCCAGUUCUUGUGUGCCACAAUUGCAGCCAUUGCUGCACCUACUGAAAGUUGCUCAGGGUAAUUUUUCUGUACUUGUCUCUGUGCUUUCAUCAUUUUGCUUGUUAGCCCACUGCCAUCAGUGCCACAUAGUGUAAAUUUAGCAAGAUUCCACAAUAAACAUUUGUAACAAAGCAUAUAAAUAGGUUCUGCACUUUGCCACACAUGUAGCUUCUUCAGAAACAGACUAACAUUGUGCGCAUUGACAAACUAUUUGUGCAGUGUUGGUGUUUAUUGCCAGGUAACAUGAUAACAACAUUUGCAAGUGCUCCCACUGGCACUGUGUUGACUGUUACACACACAUACCCUUCCUUGUCACCAGCACCAAGGAGAGUCCUUCAUUUUAUUACUCAAGAAGUUAUCUUUCAAUUUUGUGUGUAAUAAUUAAACAGCUACAUGUCACGUGCUUUGCACCGAAAUUUCACCAUCACUUAGAGAGCACUUGGUUAGUGUAGAGAGUAUUCUUUGAAACGACACUUAUACCUCAAUGCAUAUAAAUGCCUUAUACUCUCAUCUCAUGACUAAAUUACAUAUGCUAGUACAAAAGUUUUGUGCAUUUUUAUCUGUGCUUCAGUAACGGCAUUCCAUUCAUUGAAAUGGCUGACAUUGUUAUUGGCAGCAUUCUUUCACAGUCCUGCCCUUGCUGUAUUUCCAUUAUAACGCAGCUUACAAGUUUUUCCACAUUGCCUCCAAGCAAUCUAUCAGACAGGCUAAAACACAUUUUAGGAAAGAACCCGAUUCAACACAAACGUCUUGCAAGGAUUUCGUACUACAAAGUAGUAAUGCCGCCAAUAUAAUGCAAUAUCCCUGCUCUAUUACUUUAUAUAUUCGAUGGGGGCGAAAUGCAAAAACACCCGUGUACUUAGAUUUAGGUGCACGUUAAAGAACCCCAGGUAGUCAAAAUUUCCGGAGCCCUCCACUACGGCGUGCCUCAUAAUCGGAAAGUGGUUUUGGCACGUAAAACCCCAUAAUUUAAUUUUUUUAUUAUUAUUACAUAUGCAUAAUCUCGGAGGCUCAGUUAUGUGUACAUUGUUGAUAUGCUGUUAAAUUAUUUUCUGGUUCUUAAAAUUGGGCACUAAAGGGAAACACUAAAUCAGAUUAAAUUGGUUAAAGAUCCUCUCAAAACUAUGUUUUCAUUCAUUUGGUAAGAAAGUUGAUUUUACUGGUGCAGGAUAUGAAGGUCAAACUGCCCUUUUCCUGAAUCUUGCAUCAAAACCUUCUAGCAGAUAUGUCACUGAAGUUAUGGAUUUCAGAAGUGUUUUCUUGUAUUUAGGCUGUUUUACAGAGGAAAAGUUCCCAAAACUUGUUAGCUUGGGUUUUCUGUUAUAUUGGAAUGAAAUGGAGUCCCUCUUUAAUAAUGGAGGUUUACUAACUAGAUCCACGUGAACACUGUCAAAAUCCACGACGUCGUGGUGAGCUGGUGCAAAAACAAUGGCAGCGUUGCCACCAGAAUUUCGUGUUUGCAUAUUUUCUGGUCUUAAAACACCCUAUCAUUGUAAAGGUGGCUGUUCUGCUGUUGCAGAACCGCAGCUUACUAGUGCAUCUCAUAUUAAUGUGCGUCUUUAGUAUCCCUUUAACCCCUUGUAGCAUUGGUACUCAGAAAUGUUACGCUGUUUAUAUGCCACUCAUCUUUUAGAGAAACGAGCACAAUUUGUGAAAGAACUAACAUUGACGGAUGGGAAAGUGCCAAUUGCUUCUCUUUUACUGUGCAUGAAAGAUGCACGUUCAUGUGUGCAGGUACAAUUUGCUGUUGCAUGAUUGUUCGUUGUGCAGUGAAGUUUUUCAGCCAAAUCAAAAGUGCAAAUGCUGUGCAUUUAGCUUAAAGAUUUAUGUUACGCAGGAAGAAAAUGACAUUAUGCAAAUGUUUAAUCAGUGCUAAGGCGUACACUCAACCUUCACUUCUUCUAAUAGCUGCCAUCGUUAUUUGCUCGUUGCCUUAUUCCUCCAUUCUUGUACAUCAUCAGUGCUUUAACUUAAUGUCAUCUUGAACUGUUAGUUGGGUAUCGCCAGUAUGACGCUGGUAUUGAGAAUAGAAUCACAGUGCAGUAUUACUCAGAACCAGUUCAUGGACUUGCACGUACAAUUCAAGAAAACAACUUUCCCUUGGUACUUAUUUUGUUAUGACUGGCUCUGAAUAUCUGAAUAAAAAAACUUGUUUACAAAUGUUCCACACAAGCCAGUUGUGAAAUGAGUGUGUUUUGUACUCGUGGUUAUCGUGAAUGUUUUGUGAUGAAAUGACCAGUUUAUAUGAAAUAAGCAGUUUAUAUGAGAUCCUGCCAUUUUACACAGGUGUUCCUUGCAUAAAGUUCUUACAGACAUUGCUAUAUUUUAAUGUUGCUUUGCUGGAAAAGUUAAUAUUUUGUUGUAUAUGUACAUAUAAGAAAUUUUUACCAAGUGUAUCUUGAAUACUGUAAUACAUAUUUUGAAUAAAUUCAACAGUAUUGAAGGCUUUUAAUGGCCAAUAAAAAUA